GACGGCGUUGGAAUUCUUUACGCGAACCUCAGCCAAGAGCAACGCUUCAGCUGAAGGGGUGCCUCACUGGCAUGGGCAGCUCGAGCGCAGGCUCAGCAGUGGGCUAUGCAGACCCCAACGUGUCACCCUCCCUCACGGCCGUCGGAAGAAAGACGCCGCCGAGCUCGCUCGAGCGUUCCAACGGCACGACAGGCAUCAGAUCAAUCUCAUCUGCCAGCCAAUUCCUCUCCCAAUCUGCCUCCGUCAACGGUCUGCCCAACCAGGAUCGCUCAGGUGCAACAUCUCCCUCUCACAACCGAGCGUCUACGGUCGAGUUGUCAGAGUACAACAGGCUCAAAGAGGCACACAAGAGAUUGAGAGGCAGAGUUGCAGCUCUGGAGAAAGAGAACGAAGCGCUCAAGGCGAGCGUGUACGAGCUCUCGAUACGCUAUGGCUCGCUCCUUGCCAAACCGAAGCCGCUCGUGCUCGGCAGCGCGUCAGGCACAGACGAUCGGACAGAUCCCAAACCGCUCAAAUGGGGUGAACAGACUCGUGCGGCGACGCCCGUCAGCUCGUCACUGACACAAUCGCUCGCUGCCACAUCGCUCGCUUCUUCUGUGGCCAGUGACGACGUCCUCGGUCAGAGCGCUACGCGAUUGGCGCUCUCUGACACACAGGCAACGCGUGUACCGCAUUCGGAUGCAGAGACAACGCCCACAAUGGCAUCUGAUCAUUCCACACUGGGCGGCAGCUCGAGUCUCUCUUCUACCCAAAGCUCGUCUCCCUCUGGCGGCAUUCUAUCUUCAGACGAAAACAGUGCAUCUAGUACAGCAGCAGCUCUCCUGCCAUCUCUACCGAAAGAUACCCGGUUACCUCGCUCGCCCAUUCCCGCUCAAAAGCUACAAGACUGGUCUACGUUCGCGGGCGUGCAGGAUACAGAGGGUGCAAAAGAGGUCAUGCGGUACCGGGAGAAAGAGCAAGAACGAGCAAAGGAGGAACAAGCGAACAAGCACAAGGGCGGCUAUCAGUGGGGAUUCGGUUACAACCUCUCUGCUCACAAGGGCGCAAUCUAUGCUCUCCAGUUCUCUCCUGAUGCCAGAUUGCUCGCUUCUGCCGGAUUUGAUGGUAUCAGGAUCUGGGCACCUGAUCUGGCAGUCAAUCCUGCCCAAGCCGACGCAACCUCAAAGCAAACAGAAACAGCCCAACGUCAAAGUCGAGCUUCAGAUCAAGAUACACUGGCUUUCGAUGCAGAAGUUGAGGACGACAGCUUGGAGCUGGUCUCGCCAUGGGACAGAGGUCAAGUGGGAGAAAUAGCACAUUGUCGCUACCACACCGCUCCCGUAUCCGAUCUCUGCUUCUCGCCUUCAUCGGAACGACUCGUUUCGAGCGGGUACGAUUCGACGGUACAGUGUAUCGAUACGCAUCGGGGCGUUGCAUUCAUCAGGCGGCGGACUGCAACGAGCGACAGUGACCUGGCAGAUACGGCUACUCUGACGAGUACUUCUUAUGCUCAUGCCACUACGGGCCUUGCACAAUGUGUUGCUUGGGCGAGGAAUCCUGAUCUGAUCAAUAAUGUCUUCUUCUUCGGCACGAGUAGAAAGACGCUCAGCGUGGUCGACAUCAGAACGCCAGACCAGCUCGCAGCAACGAUCACGAACGAUGCCAUGGUCAACUCGAUCCAAGCAUGCAUCAAAUCAUCGCACCUGCUCAUAGGCGAUGGCAAUGGAGCCAUCAAGACGAUCGAUCUCCGUACGAACCAGUUCAUCGAUCCUUUCAAUAGCCCUACUACGACGCCUCGAGCAAAAGAAGCAGUGAUCAGUCACUUGAGUUUCAGUCCGGGUAUGCAUAAUUCGGAACCUCGUUGGAUGGCCGUUACCUCUUUUGACAACAUCAUCAAGGCAUACGAUAGAGGUUCAGAUCAUACUAAGUUAAGGUACCGACAGACUUUCACACUCAAGGGAAAGAAUCGUACUUGGCCCAUACGCGCUGCAUGGUUCCAAGGCGCAGAUUAUACGGACAUGCUUCCCUCCACAAGAAGGAGCUCCAUUUCACAGCCUUUGCCGCCCCAGUUGAUCGAUAGUCCAGGCAGAUCAAGACCGGCAGGCUACGGCGGCAGUGACCGGGCAGAGGAAGACACUCUCUCCUCUCCUCCGGCACACAGCAAGCGCAAUCAGGCAGAGAGUUCUGUAGCACGCAGCGGUACACUACCGCUCUCUUCGAGUUUGCUGCUCGCUGCAGGCUCUUCGGAUCCCAAAGUGCUCCUCUUCGAUCUGAGCCAUCCUCCCGGAUCGUCGUCUGCAUCGCCUCAGCUCAUACCUGCUCUAUCUCCCGUGCAAGUUCUAGAGGGCCACACAGAAGCAGUGUACACUGUCAGCUUCUUGCGUCAGAGGGGAGAAUACUCAGGCGAGGGCUUAUUGGCUAGCGGAGGCGGAGAUGGGGUGGUGAAGGUUUGGACGCCUCAUGCACGGGAGGACGAAGAAGUCUGA